UUGAGAAAUAGUUGGGCUCGUCAUGGCAGUCGGAGAAGCAAGUAUAAUCGCGAACGUUUACGGUUGCGACUCGUGAGGUGUUGGGGCGGAUCAAUCGAGGACCGAAACCCCGAUCGCUGGUCAGCUGACCGUUAUCAGCGUCCACGUCGGUCCGUCCUCCCCAAGCUUUCCGGAUCAAUAUCGUCGCGAGUUCUACCAGUCCGACGCGAAGUAUUCGCACGGUCAUUCCCUCCGAGUCUCCCAUGUCGAUCCGAAUGCUUUUCGAGGGUAUAGCUGUGUUUAGCCCGGACGUCCGUGGGACUCUGCGGUCAAUCUGGGUGAAGCACGGGGGUGCCAUCGCUAAGAACAGCGCCGAAUUCUUCCACGCUCGAUACUUCUUCUGUACAGGAUUGGAAGACGUGUGGUUUGCACAGCUGAAAGCAAUGGGCUUGAUGAUUCGGCAUCCGAGCUGGAUUUCGGUAUCAGCGGAGGAAGGGCUAGAAGCUCCAGUGUCCAAGUACAUACUCGAUGAACGCUUUGAGGAGGAGAAGAUCCGGUCUCUUUCGGAGGGCUCACCCUCGCAUUCCUCGGCCUCCACGCAGUCAAAACCUAUGCGUAUGAUCGAAGCAUUCCCUCUAUCUCCCAAACUUGCUCCAGCCGCAAAUCCUCUCAAGCGUUCUCUGGACUCAGAGUUCCACGACCAAUCUCUCAUUGAUCUUGACCCUAGACCGUCAAAGCGCACCCGUUUGCAUUCUUGCUCUCCUCAAGACAAAAUGCCAUCUGCCCAACUCACUGUGCCAUCCCCAUCUGGCCCCGAGCCCGUUCCCAUGUCAAGCACUCCACCGCAAACUGAUGCUUCGAUUCUGUCUUCUUCCCCAAUUCUGCCCAAUGGCUCUUGUUCCGUAUUUCCUACGAGCACCAUUCGCAUUUCUUCCAUCAAAUCCAAAGCUCUGUCGCUUGAAAUCUUUCCACGCCUCUCACGCAAAAAACAUCACAAGACUCAGUACGCGAAAUUCACUCGGAUCCAUCGCCGCAAGAGCUUCCAAUUCUCUGUGACUGACUUGUUGCGCAAGCCUCGUGUCCAAGCGGGUAUCUUCACACCGUUUGGACAGUUCGAAGGGAAGGCGUUCUCUUGUUAGACUACGAAUGGGUGUAGACCGAAUCCGGCCCGUCUAUCGUUAUCUUGACAUGUAUAAUACUCGGAACCCGGGGAUCAUGCGUACCGCAGUAGACGUUGUGUUACUUAUGCAUAUACUUACUUUCCAAACUAUUUAUGAGCAUCU